GUGGCCGUCUUUCCGGAUAGACCAGAGCACGGCCUGAAUUGUUUGUUUAUCACCGGCGUGAUCCGGAAAGCCAGCCGUACCGUCGCCGGAGGAGAAGAUCACUCCCGCCCGAUAUCACUCCGCCCGCCGGUCGAUGUUUGCGGUGCAGUAGAGAGAUAUCUUUGGAAGCACAUGGCCGUAGGCCGUUGCGUCAGCUCUGCUUCGGCACCGCUUUUUGUUCAGGGUGUCACCGUCGGGUAGGUUCUUCUUCCACCCGUCUCCCUAUUUUUACUCGAGGUGCCGUGCUCCACUAGGGAUCCUGAUCCAGAUUCGUCGUGGGGGAUACCGGACACCCCCCUUACUCCCGCAAAGCAUCGAAACUGGGAUCCAUGGCGGCGGCGGAGGGGGCGAGGAAGAAGGUCAUCAUCGACACCGACCCCGGAAUCGAUGACGCGAUGGCCAUCUUCGUGGCGCUGCGCUCGCCGGAGCUCGAGGUGCUCGGCCUCACCACCACCUUCGGCAACGUCCACACCGCCCUCGCGACGCGCAACGCGCUCCACCUGCUGGAGGCUGUUGGCCGGACCGACAUCCCCGUCGCGGAGGGAUCCCAUGUAACGGUCAAGAAAGCCAGCAAGCUCAGGAUCGCGAGCUUUGUCCACGGUUCAGACGGUCUAGGAAACCAGGACUUCCCUGCACCGACUACGAAACCGAUAGAUCAGACAGCUGCUGCCUUCCUUGUUGAGCAGUCAAAUCUGUACCCCGGACAAGUUACCGUCGUCGCUCUUGGUCCGCUGACCAACCUUGCUCUGGCCAUCGAGCUUGACCCUUCCUUCCCCAAGAAGAUAGGGCAGAUUAUCAUUCUCGGUGGUGCAUAUUCGGUCAAUGGAAAUGUCAACCCUGCAGCUGAGGCAAAUAUAUUUGGGGAUCCUGACGCGGCAGAUAUUGUGUUCACUUGCGGUGCUGAUAUUUUGGCCAUAGGACUAAACGUAACGCACCAAGUAGUUCUUACAGACGCUGACCGGGAGAAGCUUGAACAAUGUGAUAGCAAAUAUGCUCACUACUUAUGCAAGAUAAUGGGCGUCUAUUAUGAUUACCACAAAGAUGCUUACUUCAUAAAAGGAGUGUAUCUUCAUGAUCCGACAACGCUUAUAGCUGCAGUAAAUCCGUCGUUGAUGACUUACACAGAAGGUGUCGUGAGGGUACAGACGGUUGGAAUAACAAAGGGUCUUACAGUUUUCGACAAUACCAAGAAAAGGUACGGGGAGAUCACAGCCUGGACGGGCAUGCCGACCGUGAAGGUUGCGGACACCGUUGAUGCCCCCGCCGUGGUGGAGCUGAUGAUGCAGACGCUUAUGACAGAUGAUUAACCAUCGACCGCUGAUUAGCACGACCCAGGAAGAGUCCUGAUUGAAGCUGAUGCUGCACUAUGCACCCAUGCUUCUCGAAAGAAAGCUCUUUGUACUUGUAACUUGGAUGAUGCGCCUCUAUUUUGUUGAGACUUCUAUACAGUCUAUAAGAAAGAAAGAAAAGCGUUGGAAUGUGUAACAUCAGACAUUCA